AUGCAGACCUCAUCUAGACCCCGCGCCGAUGUUGGUGGCAGCUUUGCGAGUCGACGCGGUCAUGCCAGCCAGCUGUCAAUUUCAGACCCCAGUCACCAUGUGACUGAGGCUAUUGGGACCCUCUACGGAGACGACAACUACGAUCAACGCAUGAGCAUGCUGGGUCAAUACUCUGACCAGUACGAGCCCGAGCCAGAGCCCAUCGAGGAAGAUCCGCGCAGGCAAAUGAUACGCUCGGCUUCUGACAAGACGGGGUUGAACAUGGCACCAAACGGCACUCCGACCCUGAAAAAGUCCCAGACAUUGCCUACGCGCUCCCCUAGCCAGCGAAGCAUGUCGUUCGAACAGAAUGGUCCCAAGUCGCCCCCCCUCUCUCUGCGGGACGUCAAGAACGAGUCCUCUCAGUUUCCCCUUGGCAACAUCGAGAACCCGAACGACAUCGCGCAGGAAUUGAGCAACUUGCAAGCCCUGAGACGUAUGUCUAUGGAUGUGGGCAAUAAUGCUGACCCCGACAUGCUGCCGUUCUCGGGCCUCUCCCUCAUGCCCAUGCCCCCUAUUGCCCCAACUGGAGACGACGACGAGAACGAUCCUUCGAGACUGCUGUGGGUGCCCGCAGCUGUGCAUCCCGAGCUUGCGCCGUCAGAGUUCAAGAACUUUUUGGAAAACAGAGUCAAUACUAUUAAACGCCGGUCAGGGGAGUCCUUUAUUUCCAGCGAUGGCAGCAUUGACCGGAGUGACUCCGGUGGUGGGUUGAGACGAAAGAAGAGCAUGCUAUCCAGACGCAUUGAUGCUUCAGACACCAGAGAAGGGGCCAGCUACAUUGACGGCGCCGAGAGGCUUUCGCGAAAGAGCUCCCUCAGAGAUUACUCGACUCCCGAACUGGACCUCAGCGAACUUGUAAAGGACCCUUCCAAGGUAGUACAAAAGCUCUCCAAGGAGACCCAGUCGGAAGGUGGCGCCGAAGACAUGCCGAUCCUGCCAGUUGCCCCGGGCAUGGGACUCCGCCGUUCAACAAGGACGACGUACCGAAAGAACGGAAGCGUCCGAUCCGGAGACCGAUUGCCCUUCUCAAAACGUGUCGCCAAUCGCCACGGGCACAUGGAUUCUUCUGACUCGGCGGACAGUGUCCCGCCUCUGCCGAGCGAUGUGCCCGAUGUGCCCAAGCUGCCCACUCACAUUCGCCAACAGUCGGAGCCUGUGUCGGAGAACUUCUCCCGUCCAAACCGCUCUGUACGACGGCAGCACAAGCUCUCCCAGGACUCGCCCAUAGCACAGGCCGGCUCCGAUGGAACGUCAUCUGAGAUCGAGGAGCCCGUGUCUCCCACCAACACACGUUCCGAACAGCCUCAGCAGCACCCUACAAGGAAGUCGUCGGCUUCAGCAGACACGAGACAGCCAGUCCCCUCCAUUGUCGAGUCGCCUGUCACUGAAGAAAACGCCCAGCGCCAGCAAUUCCCUCAGCGGUCGUCCUCGUCGCAACAUGCCAAUGCUCCGGCUCUAUCCCAACAGUCUAUGGAGGAGCCUCCUGCUCGUUCAAACCUGCGUCCCGGCUCAGCUCACUCGGUGCAAAGCUCUCACUCGGCCCAGAGUGCGCACUCAGCCCCAAGCCCGACAACGCCCACGAUGCCGCAAUCGCCGCAGCAGCAACAGCCGCAGAUGAUGAAGCAAGCGAACGCUUCUAGCCAAAGCCUGAAUGACAUGUCCUCUCACCCGUCAUCCCUCCCUGGCAGCGGUGCUAACCGUACUGACACGUUGACCUUCAUUCCCACCUUACCUACAGAGGAGAAGAAGCCAGAAGAGAAGCGGACUGGAGGAAAGCUGCGCAAGGAGAGAGACGAUGACUCUGCAAGUGUCUCCUCGUCAAAGUCGUCGGGCGGAUGGUCCAAAUGGCUCAAGGGCGGCAGUGAUGAUAAGGAUAAGAAGAAGAAGGAGGAGGAGAAGAAGAAGAAGCACUCUGGGGAAAAGACACAGGACAAUGCGCGACUGGACGUUUUGCAGAACUCGAUCGAUGGCGUCAAGGGCAGAGAGAGCAUCAUUGUGGAUCGUGACAACGUCGACAACAAGCUCGCCGAGGAGCGCAAAAAGGAAAGCCGCAAGACAGAAUCCAAGAAAGAGAAGGAAGGAGGCUUGUUCUCGGGUCUCUUCGGCGGUGGCAAGAAGAAGAGCGAAAAGGACAGCAGCAGCAAGAAGAACCAGCAUCUGCGCGUGUCGGAAGAGGUGCCGUACAGGCCCUUGAAGCCCGAUGUGGACUACCACUGGACCAGAUUCCCGCUGCUUGAGGAGAGAGCGAUUUAUCGGAUGGCUCACAUUAAACUCGCAAACCCGCGUCGGUCGUUGAUGAGUCAGGUCCUGCUCAGCAACUUCAUGUACAACUACCUUGCCAUUGUGCAAGCCAUGCACCCCCAGAUGCAAGUCCCGCAGUCGCCGCAGCAGAGGCGGCUCGAGGAGGAGCGCCGGCGCAAGGAGCAGGAGGAGCAAUACUUGGCACAACAGCAGAUGCAGCAGGCUCAGGAGGCUGAAGGUCAGGAGGGCCAGUACGACUUUGACUACCAUCGCGGUGACAGCCAAUACGGCGACCAUCCUCAUGACGAGGUUGACUACGUCGACGACGCUCAGAUCUACGAGUACGACCAUGGCGUCGACAUGCAACGCGGCGAUGGCUAUGACGGCCCUGAUAGCUACGAUCCCCAGCCUGGCAAGCAGUAUUAUCACGAUCAGUACGGGCGGGAUGCCGGUGACGACGGCAGACGCCGCGGUGAUGGACGAGACGACAUGUGGUAA